CCUUUUGAGGAAGGUUGCAAACGUUGACAAUGUGCGAGUUUGCCGAUUGAGUUUCCGGGGUUGCCGCCCACCAUUGUUCUGCAUUUUGCACAUUUCGGGUGUCGUGGUGAUGAACUGACUCAUUUGUUGAGAUUUGGAAAACAUUCUCUGAUGCUCGAACAUUUUGCGAAACCACUCUCAGAGUGUGAGUGGGAGUAGAAUGGGACACUGACUUGUUGUGUCUCACCUUGCACCGGCGGGGAAGACUGCCCUGUCUUCCAUUGGACAAGGCAGACUGACCAAGGAGCACCUUGAAAGAUGGACUGCAGUCUUCGACGCUAAUACUCUGCAGCUUCGUGAGGGAAUUUCAACACAAUGGCGCAAACUCUGGAGAGUUUCAUCGACUCGCUUGAUCCCACCACUCUUCCGAGGAUAAUACAGAUCCAGUCUGGGAUUUACUUUCAAGGUUCUGUGUAUGAAAUGCAUGGCCACGAAUGUUGCCUGGCUACAGGAGAAGUAAUUAAAGUCAUUGGUUUCAAAAUUGCAAAAAUUAAAGUCGAAAAUUGUGAUGGUACUGAAAACAAUGAUUUCGCAAAUAACGUGGAACUACCACUGGACUACCCAGGUUUCUUCAAGAUUAUUGCUGAUCCAAGCCCCUACACUAGUGUUGGUGACAUUACAAAGUCAGUACAAAUUGGGCACAAUCGUUUGGGCCAGCCUCACUUUUUCAGUGAUGUGGAUAUUCAGGUGGGUGACAUCUUAAUAACAGAACACGAACACAUAGUGCUAAACUCGCUGGCCGAAGUGGAUGGAGAGCAGUAUGUGAAUUGUACUGUUAACAGAGGAGAUAAAAAUGAGACAUUGAGGCUUCCACUGUCCUAUGAAGGAACAUUUUGCGAAUGUGAAGAUGACCAGUUUUAUACACUGAAGGAGAUUAUAGAAUGGAAGAUGCCUAAACACCGAAGGAGAGUUGUGAAGCUUGCAAAAACAUUGACUGCUUGGGAUCCAAAUCCUUAUAAUGAGUAUCUUCAAAAUGACCUGAGCCUGGUGCCUGUGUAUGAAAUACAGGCAGUGAUGAAAUUCCGAAAGGAUAUUGUAUACAUACCAUCUAACCUUGAUGUAGAGGUUAUAGACGUGACAGAGCUUUAUGACAUUAACUCCUUUGUACAGCCUCUGACAUUAAUUGAUGUUUUUAAAAGACCGGAUGAAGACUUCCCCAUAUUGGCUGAAAUAAUUGAGUGCCCUGACCACCAGCACAUUUACAAUUCCCUGAGAGCAGAACGAAUAAUAGUUAUUCACGAGAAGCACUUUGCCAAGAAAGCGAUUGCAUCGGAGAACAGAAGCGAUUUAAAUAAAAAGCACUUUUUAAUUCCCAAAACCUACAAAGGACGAUUCAAAAGAAGACCGAGAGAGUUCCCAACAGUGUAUGAUCUGAAGCUGGCAAUAAACAACAAUGACCACUUGCACGUCAUUGCAACAAAGAUGUUUGAAUCCGAGUAUGCAGAGUUUUCGUCUGUAGAGGUGGGUGACCAGUUUCUUGUUCAUCAAUGUCAGAGCACUGAAGUCAGCUGGGAAGGAGAUAAACGGAUAGUUGAAGCACUGGCUUGUGAAAAAAUUGUGGGAAAAGACUAUGAACAAGUCCUCCUUCCUACAUAUAUGGAAGGAAGCUUUGUUGAAGUUAUUCAUGAUAAAAAGCAGUACAAUAUUUCUGACAUUUGUGAACAUUUUAGCCUUCCCUUUAAUGUUAAAGUAUCCGUAAGAGAUUUGUCAAUCAAUGACAAUUUAGCAGCCUUGCCUUCAUUACGAAUUGAGGAAGAAAUUACAGAUCCAUGCUUGCUCGUGAGCAUGCUGGACAGUCCUUCAGAAUGUUUCAAAAUUCCAGUUCAGCGAGUCAACUUGUCCGUUCAAAUGUUACAGAGGCCAGCAGUAAAUGUUCCAUGUUCUACUCCAAAAACCAUUGUAGAGGAGAUCAGCGAAGAUGUGUACUACAUGCUGCGGAGAUAUGAAAAUUCCACAUUGCAUCCUCCUCCCCGUCCUCCAAAAAAACCUCAAUCACCUAUAUCAUCAACAAAAAUAUUGAGACUGUACCCACCUCAACCUCGAAAACGGACUCCCCAUAAGUCUCCAAAGAAUUCACCAAUGGAAAUGCCAAGAUGCAAACCAAGAUCUCAGAAAUACAUCCCUGACAUUGCUGCAAAACCAGAAAAUAUUCUUCAUAGUGUAACAAUUACAGACCACAUGAAAGAAAGUUCAGACUACGUUUUACCAGUACCCAAUGUGAUGCUGCUGAAAGCCAAAAGCCUUCCUUUGGAUAUUGAUAACUUGGAUUUGUCUGACAAACAUGACUAUGAAUAUAUUGAUGACAGUAAAGUUGAAGACUUAAGGAAGCAAUUAAAUGAAAAUGACCAUCAAAACAGGAAAAACUGCAAGAAAAAAAGAGAAAACCAAUAAGAAGAAUUGAACAUGAAAAAUGUCUUCAAGAACACAAACAGGCAUAAUGUUUACAUUAUUUCUUCCCUCCAGAACACAAAUUUGUAAAGUUUGAUUAAAUUUUUGUUAAACUUAGAACCACUGAAUCUGCCUGGAACAAAUAUUUUAAUUCACCAGUUUAACAUCAGAUAAUGGUGCCCCCAUCGAUUGUGAUUUGGAAAUGAAGUGUUGCUCUACCUUACUUAGAGGAAUAGAUUUAUUAAGAUUUUUGCUGUGUAUUUUUUUGAUUCUCAGAAUUUUUAUACUUUUUACAAUCCAGAAGCAUUGCAAGUAAUUGAAAUUCUAUGAUGCAAUUUUUCCAAAUAAUAUUGGUUGCAAUGGUGUUUAUAUAUCUCGGGAUUAAUUUAUUCACUUCUACUUAGCAAUGCUGUAGUAUUUAUUUUGCUUGUAUAAACGUGACCUAAAAAUAAGAACCAACAUUGAGUUGUAACAGAUUUUGUAUUUCUUAUUAAGUUUAAACAUUAU